AUGGCCAAUGGCAAGGACCUCCAGGUGACAACGUGCAGCCAAGACCGACACUGUGCCCGAGGGCUUUUCUGUGAUAAGCACUUUGGGGUCUGCCUGUCCCUGCGCCAGGAGGGGCAGUACUGCCGCCAAGAUGCCCACUGCACCAGGGGCUUGAACUGUAUGUUUGGCAAGUGCCACCAGACUGUGCCAGAUGGGCAGGAGGGUGCCCGCUGCAGGCAGGACAAGGACUGUGGGCCGGCUGCCUGUUGUGCCCGCCAGCAUGGUGAGAUGGUCUGCAAGAAAAGGCUGGUCAUGGAUGAAAGCUGCUAUGUGCCCCCUGGUGGGCUGGCCUUCAGCAUCAACCAGGUCUGCCCCUGCCAGGAGGGGCUGGUGUGCAGAGCUGGGGCCAUCGACCAAGAGUGA